AUGCAUCAAGCACGUAAAGAGUUAAAGACAGUGUUGAAAAAGGCUAAAACAGCAGAAACUCAAAAACAAAUCAAAAAGAUCAAGAGCACCCGUAAAUCAUUAGAAGCACCUGAAGACAAGCCUAAAAAGACAACUCAGGAUUUAGAACAAUUUGAAAAGGAAUUGGAGAUUUUAAAGGCACUUGAGCUUGAUCCCCUUGUUGAAAAGACACUUAAAAACAAGCUUUCUAAAAAUGCGACACUCAAGACACAAGAUGCGAUUAAAGAAUUGAUUGAACAAAUCCCUAAAUCAACACCUGUAGAUCAAACAACACAAAAUAUUGAAUCUCGAUUAAUAUCCAACUCAGCUGUCAAUGCUGAAAUAGCAAGCAUUAUACACGCAUUUGAAACGAUCAUGUUUGGUGAUCAAGAAAAGAUUGAAAAACAAAAAGCAGAUGAAUUAAAAAAGAAAAAGGCAGAAGAAGAAAAGAAGCGUAAAGCAGAAGAAGAACAUAAAAGACCUCAAAAGAAAUCAAAGGGAGAUACAUCUGAAUUCAUGGAAACACUCGGUGGAAGAGGUGGUGGUGGUGACGAUGAUGAUGAAUCAGAGGAUGAAGAAUUUAAAAAGAUUUAUGAAGGUGACAAAAAGCCUAAUAGAGCAGGACAAAGACAAAGAAGAAAGAAAUGGGAAGAAAUGUAUGGUCGUAAAGCAAACCAUAUUGCUUCAGAAUACAAGAAGCGCGAAGAAAAACGUAUGGCCAAUCCUGAUUAUAGACCCAAGAAGAAGCCUGCACCCAAGAAACCUGCUGAAAAACAAGUGGCUGAACCUGUUCAUCCUUCUUGGGAAGCUAAACGUAUGCAAGAAGAAAUGAUGUCCAAGGCUUUAAGUGGAAAAGCUCCUUCUAAUAACAAAAUUGUGUUUGACGAUAGUGACUAG